AUGGCCAAUGAGCUCUCCGUGGCCGAGCUCCAAGCAGAGGCCGGAUGCUCCAUCUGCCUGGACUACUUGAGUGACCCCGUGACCACUGAGUGUGGCCACAACUUCUGUUACUCCUGCAUCCGCCAGUGCUGGGAAGGUCUACAGGAAGUCUUUCCCUGUCCCACCUGCUUCUCCCAUUGCAGUGGUCAACUCAGGAUCAACACUCAGUUACGCCAGGUGGUCAGUGUUAUCCAGCAGCUGCCCGCCUCGGAGAACAACAUGAAGCAGCUGUGUGAGAAGCACGGGGAGGCCCUAGACCUCUUCUGUGAGGAGGACCUGGAGCUGUUGUGUCCCCAGUGCCGGCUCUCCUCCGACCACCAGCAUCAUGACACGCUGCCCAUCAAAGAAGCGGCCAUGCGACACAGGAGGAAGCUAAAAGGCUACGCCGAACGUCUGCGGGAGCAAAUCAAAGAGAUUGAAAUACAGUGUGAGUUGCAGGUUUUUAGAUCUAUGAAGAUCAGGUUAAAUAUGAGAAAUUGGAAGAAGGCAUUAAAAUCAGAAUUUGAAGAACUUAAGCAGUUCUUGGAUAGGGAAGAAGAUGUAAUGCAGGCCAGGCUACAUCUUGACGAGAAGGAUAUUAAAGAAAAACUAAAGGAAAACAGAAACCUCCUGUCUGCCCACGUGGCCACAAUAAGGAAUAUGGUGAGUGAUAUCAGAGAGAAGUGUUUGCAAGCAGACAUGGAUUUCCUGAGAACUGCCGGAUGUAUUAUCAAUACCUACGAAAGCAUACAAGUGCCGGAGGUUUUCUCAUACGAGUUAAGAAAGGAGAGUUGCCGUCUCCCUCCACAUUAUUGUAGCCUGCAAAAAUUGAUCAGCACGUUUCAGGUAGACGUGACAUUGGACGUUCAAAAUGUGCCCCCUGACGUUGUCAUCUCCGAAGAUCGGAAAAGUAUGAAAUUAGCAGAGGAAACCAACGCAUCCCCUGUCCUGCCUCCUUACUAUGUAACUGUCCCGGCUCGGGAGGCGUUGAGAAGUGGGAGAUACUUUUGGCAGGUGGAGGUGCGCGGCUCGGGGAAGUGGCGCGUGGGUGUGUGCUACCAGUCGGUCCGCUUGGGCGGUUUCACGGCUCCGGGCGACGGCGGCAGCUGGCAGAUCCAACAAUCCACCAACGUGCCCGGGGUAGGGGAGGUGAGCCGGGUCGGUGUGUUUCUGGAUUCUGAGCUGGGGGACGUCGCCUUUUAUAAUUUGAACAGUAGAUCCUGUCUGUGUGUUUUUACGGACACGUUUACAGAAGACCUUGUCCCUUUUUUCUCUAUCGAAUGUUCUUCAAAAUCUCUUAGCAUCAGCAUUGUCAAGGGGGAAUGA